AUGGCGAUUCAAGGCUAUCUCGCCGUCAGCUGCGUAAGACGGGGAUUUUGUUGUGGAGUGCGAAGGCAAGCUGGACUUCUGCUCUUCCUCUUUUGCUUGGUCGAUGUAGUCACCGGUCAGAUUCGUUAUUCUAUUUCGGAGGAGAUGAAAAAGGGCUCUCUUAUCGGUAACGUAGCGCAAGACUUGGGACUGGACCUGAAACGGCUCCGAUCUGGCCGGGCCCGUAUCGUGACGGGGGACAGCGUUCAGUACGCCGAGCUGAAUGCGGACAAAGGGAUUCUAGUCGUGAACGAGAGAAUAGACAGAGAGCAGCUCUGCGGUGACGUCACGCCGUGCAGCUUCAGCUUUGAGGUGAUUUUAGAAAACCCGAUCGAGCUUCAUCGUGUGACGGUGGAAAUACUGGAUAUAAAUGACCACGCUCCCUUUUUUCCAAGUAAAGAUAUCCAAAUUGAAAUGAGCGAAUCGGCGACGAUUGGAGCGCAAUUUCCUCUUGAAAGCGCAGUUGACCCCGACGUUGGACUUAACGCCCUGCAAAAUUACAACCUGUCUCCAAACCAUCAUUUCAUUGUCAAGCAACAUGCAAACCCAGACGGAGGCAAAUACGCUGAGUUGGUGCUUCAGAGGCCGUUGGACAGAGAAUUGCAUCCCAGCAUAUCACUAAAACUUAUAGCAGUCGACGGUGGGAUCCCACCGAAAUCAGGUUCAGUAAAUAUAGAAAUUACUGUUUUAGACGCCAAUGACAAUGCUCCUGUGUUCAACCAGUCAAUAUAUAAAGCUACUGUCGCUGAAAACGCGCCUAUGGGCACCUAUAUCACCAGGGUUAACGCCAGUGACGCAGACAGUGGUUCAAACGGGCAAAUAUCAUUUAGCUUUUCUAAGCUGAGAGGCAAUACCGUUGAAUUAUUUAAUAUUGAUGAAAACACAGGGGUCAUUUCAGUUUCAGGGCUUAUGGAUUUUGAAAUACAGAGAAAAUACGAGGUAAGGUUAGAGGCAAGGGAUCGUGGUGGUUUAACAGGGACCAGUAAAGUCAUAAUUGACGUUCUUGACGUCAAUGACAACGUCCCAGUUAUAAAUAUAAUGUCUUUCUCUGAUCAUGUAAUGGAGGAUGCUCCCCUUGGCACAACUAUAGCUGUUAUUAAUGUCAAAGACAUUGACUCAGAAAGGAAUGGACAAAUUUCAUGCACAAUAGAUGGAAAGCUCCCGUUUAAAAUCCAGUCUUCAUUACCUAGCUAUUAUAAUUUGAUCUCUGAUCAGCAGUUUGAUAGAGAGACUGCCCCAGAAUAUAACAUAACCAUAACAGCUACCGAUAUGGGGUCCCCCCCGCUUUCAACUUCCAGAACAUUACACCUGAGAAUAUCUGAUGUAAAUGACAAUGCUCCAUUAUUUGAAGCACUCAAAUAUGUUGCCUACGUUAUGGAGAACAAUGCCCCUGGAACAUCCAUAUUAAGUAUCAGCGCACAUGACUCUGACUCGAAUCAAAACGCAAGAAUAUCAUAUUUCCUAGAGGAAACGCAGGUCAGUGGUACUCCAGUUUCUAAUUUCAUAACCAUAAACUCUGAAACUGGAGUUUUGCAUGCAGUGCGCUCAUUUGAUUAUGAGCAAAUUAAACAACUGCAGGUAGUUGUUAAAGCGCAAGAUGGAGGCUCUCCUCCACUCAGUAGCAACGUGACUGUGAAAAUAAUGAUCCAGGACCAGAACGACAACGCCCCUCAGGUUCUGUACCCAGUCCAGACCAGCAGCUCUCUGGUGGCUGAAAUGGUGCCUCGUUCAGCAGAUGUGGGCUAUCUGGUGACUAAAGUGGUGGCUGUUGAUGUGGACUCUGGACAGAAUGCCUGGCUCUCCUAUAAGCUGCAGAAAGCCACAGACAGGGCGCUGUUUGAAGUGGGCUUACAGAAUGGGGAAAUAAGAACUAUCCGCCAAGUCACUGAUAAAGAUGCUGUGAAACAAAGGCUGACUGUUGUAGUGGAGGACAACGGGCAGCCCUCUCGUUCAGCUACAGUCAAUGUUAACGUGGCGGUGGCGGACAGCUUCCCUGAAGUGCUCUCGGAGUUCACUGACUUUACGCACGACAAGGAGUACAAUGACAACCUGACUUUUUACUUAGUCUUGGCUUUGGCUGUAGUGUCCUUUCUCUUCAUCACCUGCUUAGUGGUCAUCAUAUCAGUGAAGAUAUACAGAUGGAGACAGACUCGCAUCCUCUAUCAUUCCAGUCUGCCGGUGAUUCCCUAUUAUCCACCACGUUACUCAGACACUUUGGGGACAGGGACUCUCCAGCACGUGUACAAUUACGAGGUGUGCAGGACGACUGACUCCAGAAAAAGUGACAUCAAAUAUAUGCAGCCAAUGAGUCAAAGUUUGGUGAGCGUUAACGGAGCUGAGACUGACACUCUGCAGAGGGAGAAGGAAUCUGACGCGAUACUCUCCCCGGUAAGCGGAUUUGGGUUAAGUACAAUGAUUUUGAUGUGCGCGACGCGCCGCCGUUACGGACGGCAAAUGCUGGUUUUCAUUCUUUGUCUCGUCGCUCUACAUUCAGUGGCUGGCCAGGCUCGAUACUCCGUACCGGAGGAACAGGCAGUGGGGACAUUUGUUGGAAACCUUGGUAGAGAUUUAGGUCUGGAUGUGGCGAGGCUCGUAUCAGGAAAAGCGCGUAUUAUAACGAAAGGAGGUCGACAGUACGUUGAUUUAAUCCGCGACAAAGGCACUCUCGUUGUUAAAGAGCGCAUCGACCGAGAGGAGCUGUGUGGACAGACUACGCCUUGCAGCUUCAGCUUCGAGGUGAUCAUAGAAAAUCCAAUCCAGCUGUAUCGGGUUACGGUGGAAGUAGUAGACAUAAACGAUAACCGUCCGUCUUUCCCCAAGGACGAAAUAAAGCUGAAAAUUGUCGAAAAUGCUGCAAGGGGGACGCGCUUUUCUCUGGAGAGUGCAGACGACCCCGACGUUGGACUCAAAGAUAUUCAGAAAUACGAACUGAAACCGUCAGAUAAUUUCAAAUUGGAGGUUCACAGCCAACCCGACGGAGGGAAAUUUAUCGAAAUGGUUUUGCAAAACCCAUUAGACAGAGAGAAAGAGGAGACUCACGAACUCGUGCUGAUCGCUACAGACGGGGGCGAACCGCGUCGGUCGGGGACGGCCCGCAUACACAUUACUGUACUGGACGCCAAUGAUAACGCGCCAGUGUGUGGCCAGCCUGUCUACAAAGCCGAUGUUAAGGAGAACUCUCUAGAAGGCACAGUGGUCACCACGGUUAGUGCAAAUGACGCAGAUAAGGGACUUAAUGGUGAAGUAACCUUCUCUAUCGCCCAUGUUGCCAGAGAGGCGAAGGAGCUGUUUGAAUUGAACGUCAACACCGGAGAGAUUAGAGUCGCCGGCAAGCUAGAUUUCGAAAAGUCGAAGACGUAUCAGCUAAACGUCCAGGCUAGUGAUCAUGGGGGAUACACGGAUACUUGCAAAGUCAUUAUCCAAAUAGUAGACGAGAACGAUAACGUCCCCACAAUAGAGCUCAUGUCAUUUUCCAGUUCUAUUCCUGAGGACUCGCCGCCUGGUACGACGGUAGCGGUGGUUAACGUGGAUGACGCAGACUCUGACGGCGGUGGCAACGUCAAGUGUUCCAUCAAUUCUGAUGUUCCCUUUAAAACCGAGUCUUCUCUACCAGGGUAUUAUACCAUCGUUACUGAAAGCCUGUUAGACAGAGAGACUAUUCCCGAAUACAAUAUAACUAUUACGGUUUCUGACGAAGGCUCCCCGCCACUCUCCAGUAGUAAACACAUCAACGUCAAAGUAUCAGACGUGAAUGACAGCCCACCCAAGUUUGAUAGAACAGCAUACAGCAAGACCUUACCAGAGAACAACUCACCUGGCUUCUCCAUAUUUGCUGUAAACGCGAGAGACGCUGACUGGGGACAGAAUGCCCGGGUAUCGUACUUUCUAGACGAGAGAGAAAUCAACGGGGUGAAUGUUGCUUCUUUCGUGUCAGUUAAUUCUGACAGCGGUGUGAUACAUGCAGUGAGAUCGAUGGAUUAUGAACAGAUCAAGUGGUUUGAGUUUAAUGUCACUGCUCGCGAUGGAGGCUCUCCUCCACUCAGUUCGGUUGCUACUGUACGAAUAAUGAUCCAGGACCAGAACGACAACGCCCCUCAGGUUCUGUAUCCGGUCCAGACCAGCAGCUCUCUGGUGGCUGAAAUGGUGCCUCGUUCAGCAGAUGUGGGCUAUCUGGUGACUAAAGUGGUGGCUGUUGAUGUGGACUCUGGACAGAAUGCCUGGCUCUCCUAUAAGCUGCAGAAAGCCACAGACAGGGCGCUGUUUGAAGUGGGAUUACAGAAUGGGGAAAUAAGGACUAUCCGCCAAGUCACUGAUAAAGAUGCUGUGAAACAAAGGCUGACUGUUGUAGUGGAGGACAACGGGCAGCCCUCUCGUUCAGCUACAGUCAAUGUUAACGUGGCGGUGGCGGACAGCUUCCCUGAAGUGCUCUCGGAGUUCACUGACUUUACGCACGACAAGGAGUACAAUGACAACCUGACUUUUUACUUAGUCUUGGCUUUGGCUGUAGUGUCCUUUCUCUUCAUCACCUGCUUAGUGGUCAUCAUAUCAGUGAAGAUAUACAGAUGGAGACAGACUCGCAUCCUCUAUCAUUCCAGUCUGCCGGUGAUUCCCUAUUAUCCACCACGUUACUCAGACACUUUGGGGACAGGGACUCUCCAGCACGUGUACAAUUACGAGGUGUGCAGGACGACUGACUCCAGAAAGAGUGACUGUAAGUUCGGCGGAACCGGUAGUCAGAACGUGCUGAUAAUGGACCCCAGUUGUACAGGGACGAUGCAGCGGAUCCAGAAUGAAAAGAACAUCCUGGAUGAGCCAGACUCUCCUGUAGAGUUGGUCUAA